AUGUAUUUAAGAACAAAAAGCACUGUAGGUGGUAUUCCUAUUGAUGUUCCACAAGAACUAGUUAAUAAUGAAAAUGUAGCAGUUAAAACCAUUAAUGGAGAAGAUCCAUUUAAUAUUAUUCGUAAAUUUGGAAAGAAAUACAUAGGUUUAAGAUCUCCACAUGCACAAUUUGAAAAAGCGUAUUCAACAUUUGAUUUUGCUAUACUAGAAGAAAUACCAUUAACAAAAGAAUAUUUAAAUACACCAAUAACUAUUACAUGGGAAAAUGGAGAAAGUGUAAGUGUUAACUAUUCUAUAUUAAAGUUACCACUAUCGAGUAUAUUAAUGAAAAGAUCACGUCAAGUGGAUCAACUGAAACAAAGAAGUAAGCCAAGUUUAACAUUAGAAGAAAUAAAAUCAAGAAAUGAAAUGAUUAAAAGAAUGAAAAGAGAACAAGGAAGAAACCAAUAUUAUGCUUCAAAUGAUGAUAGUGUACAUUGUCAGUCUUCAGAUAAUAUUAAUGUACUUGAGAUUCUUUCAUUUAGUCCUGAAAAAAGCUAUAUAAAAUCAUAUGAAGAAACAGUUUCAAAAUGUAUUGAUUUAUUUGAUUCUAAUGAUUAUCCAAUUCAUGUCGUAUUCUCAGCGAAUGAUGAAGAAAAUUCAAUUUAUUCACAAUGGAUAGAAAAGAUAUUAUCACCAUAUGAUGAUGUUGAUAUGAUUGUUUCUGGGAGAAUAUCAAAUUUUACAGAAAGUAUAAUGAAAAGAGAAUAUGGAAAUAUUUUAUAUGACCCACACACAUGUAAAGUAAGAGAAAGUUAUGUAAGUCCAGAAGUACUUGGAGAGUGGUAUACAAAUCCAAAUAUUAUUAAUUAUGGUGAUAUUGAACAUAAAGUUUCACAACCUUCAGUUAUGAAAUGGGAACAAAUGAAAUUAAUGAGAAAACCAAGAAAACCAACAGAAAUAGUAGUUUAUACAGAUCCUCUUUGUUAUUCUGGUUGUUCGACAUUAGCAAAAGGAUUAAAAGAAUGGGGAAGUGCUAUUAUUGUAGGAUAUGGUGGUGACCUAUAUGGUACAGAUGAAGAAUUUGAAGUAGGAUUAUCAUCAAGUAAUGCUAUUUAUGUUAGUGAUAUAGAUAAAGAUAAUAUUUUAAAACAAUAUGGAUAUAAUCUUAAAAUAAGUCUUUUAGAAAGAUACAAACAUAAUUAUAAUUACAACGAGAAUAUUCCUAGUGAAUUUCUAACAGAUAUUGUUGAUGAAAGAAUACAUGUUAGUAGCAGUGUCUAUAAUAGAGACGAAAUAAUAAAAGAAGAAACAAAG